AUUUUUGUUCCAGCUCUAUACCAUUGCUGCCCGAGUUUGCCCUCAAUUAAAAAUAAAAUUACAAAAUUUCACCGUUUCCGUUGUAAAACGCAGCGCAUCGCCCAGGCGUUCGAAUUCCCAUCCAACACAAGUGGUAGUAUCGUUGUGAAACAUGUCAACACCCGCACGCAGACGUCUUAUGAGAGAUUUUAAAAGACUUCAGGAGGAUCCACCAACGGGUGUUUCGGGUGCGCCAACAGAUAAUAAUAUUAUGAUAUGGAAUGCUGUGAUUUUUGGUCCACACGAUACACCAUUCGAGGACGGAACCUUUAAGUUAACCAUAGAAUUUACGGAAGAGUAUCCAAACAAACCGCCAACAGUUCGAUUCGUAUCGAAAGUAUUUCAUCCCAAUGUGUACGCAGACGGUGGAAUUUGCUUGGACAUAUUGCAGAACCGUUGGAGUCCCACAUACGACGUGUCAGCCAUACUAACAUCUAUACAGUCACUGCUGAGCGAUCCCAAUCCCAAUUCACCGGCUAACUCCACCGCCGCCCAGCUGUACAAAGAAAAUCGCCGCGAGUACGAGAAGCGUGUGAAAGCCUGCGUGGAGCAGAGUUUCAUCGAUUAGCCAUGCGCCCACUCUAGGAACAGCAGCAGCACCAGAAGCAGAAGCCACAACAGGAGCAGCAGCAGAUUCGAGGGCGGACGCAGCUUAAAAGAUCAGCAAACUACAGCAACAAAAAUAUGCAAUACCAUAAAGAAGUUUAAAUUAAAUAAUAACAGAAAUAUUUAUGAUAAAUGUAAUGCUAUGAAAUUGUAACAGCGCCAACGGCACGGCACAGCAGCAUAUUCACCACAACCGCUCACACACCUGCGCACACCACCCGCAACACAUAAACCCUGAGCAGUUUUCAGUUAUAUUUGUUUGGCCGAUAGUUUCAUCUUGUCCCUAACCCGAUCCCGAAUUCAGAUCACUUAAAAACACCCGGAAGUUCACUGUAGCAGCAGCCGCUAGUUAAGCCGGCAGCCAGCAAUAAGUCUCUCAUAAGCUAACAACUCAAAUGUUAUAAUUCAAGUAGCAGCGGCAAAAAAUUAUUAAUAAUAAUAAUAAAAAAAUUAUAAAAUCAAUGUCAAACAAUUGCAAAA